ACAUAAAAAAACGCACUUUGACAAAAAUAAGUUGACGAGAACAUAGCCUUAGCAGACCGGCCCAAACGAAGAAUUGUCAUAUGACGAAGAACUCACAAAUCACACACCAACCGGACACAGGAGCCCCCGACUCCAGAGCCUGUUUCUAAAAAAAAAAAGUUGAUUCAGAAGCUCGAAAAAAAAAACUAAGUAAUUCAUCUUCAGAUCAUUGAUUUUCAUCAUGUCGAUGAUUUCUCGAAUCGGCCGUAACAUUUCCAGAUCUGCUCGUUCUUCAUUGUUGAAUGCAACAAUUGGUUGUGAUGGAUACGGGAUUCGAACUGCUGCGAUUGCAAAUCAAUCAGCUGGAUUUACAUCGCGCAGCGAACAAGGUUUAGGGUUCGUGAAUUCUUAUUUUUCAUCAAUUGGAGCUGGAAAACAGGCUAAUCCUUCAUUUUCGUCUGUUUUUCGUCCCAAUUUCGCUAACCCUAGCUUUGCUAGGUUCUUCUCCACUGAUGUUGCUGAGAAAAGGAAUUAUGAGAUAAAUGUUGCUAAGGGAGAUAUUAAUGAUGAUGAUCAUAAGAAUGUCCUUCGCCCAUUAUCCCCUCAUCUUCUCAUUUACCGGCCGCAGUCUAAUUCCACCUUGUCGAUUUUGACUAGAGUAUCAGGAAUGUACCUUACAGGCAUAUCUUUGCUGUUCUCCCUUGGGCUUCUAAAGAUGGGCUCUAUUUGCCUUACCUAUCCAAGUUUCUACCAGGCUGUCUUUUAUUCAUCAAAGCUCACUUUAGUAUCUCUUGAGAUUGCUGCUCUUGCUCUUGGGUGUUAUGCUUAUCAUGGAAUAAGUCAUAUGACGUUCGACGGGAUGCAAAAGAUUCUGACUGAUUAUCUUCACAAUGAUAUGACCCGUAAUAUGAUCUUGAUCGGUUGGAGAUUGUUGCUUCUUAUUGCAAUCACAGAGGUUGUCUCAUUUCUCUUUAUUUCAAAUUAAUAUUUUCACUUUGAGCGCUAGAAUAAACAUCUGCCAUGAGAGGAACUCGGGAACAUCUUGUUGAAUUCACAUUGCAAGUGAAAGGUGUAGAUUUGUCCAUUCUAGCGUACUAACUAAGGAACGCUAGUGAAACGAUGGUUUGUCGAAACUAAUAAAUUUAAGCUUGUGUUUCUUAUGCAAAUUUUUUUUGGGUGUUUA